AUGCCGUUACCCCCAGCUUUAUUGGCCAAGCUCCAAAAGCGCGGCAUAGUCAGUUCCCAAAGUAAGUUAUUUUAAUGACGACGUCUUCACAUAAAUUUUUACUUUAAAGAGGUGGACGAAGACGAAGAAGUAUUUGCCGAGAAUUAUGAUUCCGAAGACAGUGAGGACGAAGACGAAGUCGAGGAAGAAGAUAAAGGUCGAGGGGGAGCUCCUGGAUGUCCUAAUAAAUGGAAUCAAUUCCAUUUGUGCUCGGAUUAUUGUUUCGAUCACUGGCAUGAUGGUCUUCCAGAAUCAAGGUAAAUUCUUCUAAUUUUUUUUUACGUUUUUAGACUGUCAGACGAUUACUUGGCUGCCAAGCAAAGAAUGUUGAAUAAAUAUCCCCUGCCAGAAGGAUGGAAAGAGGUUUAUGAUGGUGGGAUUGGGAGACAUUACUAUUGGAACCCUUCUAAUGACGACGUUUGUUGGUUAUCUCCACGACAUCCAUGUGCAAAUAUCUCAAAGGCAGCUCCGGUUGUUGCUCAGGAGUACUUUGAAUCAAGGAAGCGAGCCCAAGAAGUUGAAGAGGAACAAAAGGAGCAAAGGAACAACAAAUACAAGGGACGUCAAGGAAACAAAUGGGAGAGGAGGAAAGAUGAUAGAAAGCGACAGAUUGUAUGUUAAUGAUCGAACUUCUUAUUGAUAAUGUUAGACUAUGUUGAGAUUGAUUUCUUUUUGUUUUAGGAGGAUAAACCUGAUGCAGAGCCCGAAUCAAUCGAAGAAAUGCCAGAGAGAGAUCGAUUGAAGAGAGCCAAAAGAAAAGGAAUCGAUCCCAUGGAUCCCAGCGCAUAUUCAGAUGUUCCUGAAGGUAAUUGGGGUGCUGGUUUAGUCCAAGAAGCGAAGACUGGAGUGGAUAGCAGUGCAACUGGACCUCUCUUCCAAUCUCGACCAUAUCCAUCACCUGGUGACGUCCUCAGAAGAAACAAAUAA